AUGGCUUCCUCGUUAAUUUGUAGCGAAACACAACACAGGGUGAGUUCGGUGCUCAACAGGGAUGUGAAGCAGUUUGGAAAGAAGUUCAUGUUCGACAGUAACGAAGAGACAUGUUGGAAUUCAGACCAGGGUGAGUGUCAGUGGGUGUCGCUGGACUUCCCCGGGACCGUAAAGGUGUCAGAAGUAAAAGUCCAGUUCCAGGGAGGCUUCUCAGCCAAAACGUGCAGACUAGACGGUUGCCUUAAAGGAGAAGACUUUACCACGCUUUGCCAUUUUUACCCAGAUGACAACAACGCGCUUCAGAGCUUUCCCAUCCAGGAGGCCCCGGCCGUGGACAGAGUAAAAAUAAUGUUUGAGAAUAGCGCUGAUUUUUUUGGGAGAAUCAUUGUUUACUCUUUGGAUAUCUUGGGGGGAAAAGUCAUGUGA